AUGACAUCAUUCAACGGCCCUUCCCUCGUCAUCGGAGUGGAUGUUGGGGGAACGAACACUGAUUCUGUUCUCCUCAACACAAAAGACUCUGGAUCAAGUGCAAUCAUUGCAUGGGACAAGUCCCCAACCGCCUCGAAUGUGACGCUUGGCGUUCAGAAGACCCUUGAAAACCUCUUACACAAAGCACCCAACAAUGAGAAUAGCAUUGCUGCCGUGACAAUCGGAACUACACAUUUUCUCAAUGCUAUCCUCGAACACGAUGCAUCAAGACUGGAAAAGGUUGGCGUCAUCCGCCUUGUAUCCAACAACUUUUCUAGCCAGACCCCUCCGUUCAUCGACUGGCCUCCUGCUCUCAAACGACUAAUUAAGGGGCAUGCUGCGAUUGUACCAGGCGGUUGUAAUAUUGAUGGAACACGCAUUGCUGAUAUUGAUCCAGCUUCGAUUGAGGCGCAAGCCGAAAUUAUCCACUCCAAGAACUUGAAAAAUGUUGUCGUCGCAGGAAUAGGAUCCCCGAUGGAUACGCAAUACCAUCAAGAAAGCCAGGUUAGAAAUAUCUUGAUCGCCAGACUCGGGCACGAUGUCAAUAUCGUGUGUUCCCAUGAGAUUUCCGGGAGUGGGCUUUUGGCCCGAGAGAAUGCAGCAAUUCUCAACGCAUCGAUUAUUAACUUUGCACGAAGAACUAUGUACGGUUUUUUGCGAGCUCUAUCCCAUCUAAACCUCAAGUGCCCGUUGUAUUUAACAGCAAACACUGGUCAUUUGCUGUCGUUUCCCGAGGCAAUUAAAUUUCCAAUUCGGAUAUUCUCCUCGGGAGCAACGAACUCAAUUCGUGGUGCUGCCUAUCUGGCAGGGAAUUCCAUUGGUAGUGACGGAGCUGUUGUGGUCGAUAUCGGAGGAACGACGACUGAUGUUGGCUUUCUCCUGCGCAAUGGAUAUCCGAGACUUGCCAGCUCACGAACAGAGAUUGCUGGAAUCAAAGUUAACCUUGAGGUUCUGCAAGUUGAAAGCAUUGGACUUGGGGGCGGUUCCUUGGUCCGGGAAAACGGAGACGGCAAGAGCAUGCUUGUGGGACCUGAAAGCGUCGGGCAUAAGAUCACUACGAAAGCGCUCUGCUUUGGAGGCACCAUACCAACAGCUACGGACAUUGCCGUUUUGUCAGGGGCAUCUGUUGGCACGACGAAUCCCAUUCUUCCGCAGCCGCUAGUUCAUAAAGCGAGAUCUAGAAUAAAGCUAAUGCUAGAAAAUCUUAUCGACAAGUCAAAAACCUCGCCAGAGCCCUGUACUGUUAUCCUAGUCGGAGGCGGCGCCGUGCUCUGUCCGGACCAUUUAGAAGGAGUCAGCAAGAUGGUUAUCCCAGAAUUUGCUGGUGUUGCUAAUGCGAUCGGUGCUGCGAUCGCGCAAAUAAGUGGCAGAGCGGAGGAAAUGACAGACAGUGCUUCUGUAGAAUAUACAAAAGCUAAAGUCAAAGCUGCUGCCCUUGCAGAUGCCGAGUCUCGGGGGGCUGAUAUCUCGGGGGCUGUGAUUACCAAGGAAGAAGUCUUUGGAGUCCCUUAUAUUGACAACGUGAAGAAAGUUUUGAUUGAAGUUGCGUGCCCGGCAAAUCAUGCACGAUUCUACUCAUCUUUUGAGAACAGUGAAGCAAUGUUCUCCUCCAAUAAGGACGAACCCGGAUACGAGGAAACGAAAAUCGUCGAUAAUGUGCCAAGAUUAGAUGGCGCAGAGGAGCCAGUGUUUGACAUCUCCAAGUAUCGGCCUACAAUUGACGAGUCUGGUAGAUGGUUAUUAUCCAAAAUUGACCUUCAAUUUAUGUCUAUUGGCUGCUACAUUCUAGGUUGUGGGGGCGGGGGCUCUCCGUAUUCAACAUAUCUCGAAGUUGCUAAUCUAGUUGAAGAGGGAAGAACUUUGGCUAUAGUUGAUGUUUCGUCACUAGAUGCGGAUGCGGUUCUUGUUCCUGUAGCUGGAGUUGGUUCUCCAGCAGUAGCCGAUGAGAGACCCGGUGGAGACAUGGUGUUGCAUUCCCUACAAACAAUGGAAAAGGAGCUCGGGAAGAAAUAUGAUGCCAUGUUGGCUGUUGAGAUAGGGGGAAGCAAUGGACUGCAGCCACUUAUUUGGGCCUCUUCCAAACACUACAACCUACCCUGUGUUGAUGGCGACCUAAUGGGGAGAGCCUAUCCGAACUUUGAGAAGAUUACGACCUUCGUUGAAUCGACAGAUAUUAACGACAUACUCCCUGUAGCACUGUCCAGUGGUACAGGUAGGAACGUGAUUAUCCCUCCUAACCAACCGGAUGCGAAAGCAGCUGAUUAUGCCAUCCGGUCUACAUGCGUUGAGAUGGGCUCUGCUGCUGGAGCCACAGGAAUCCCGAUAAGCGGGGCCGACAUGCGUCGCUUUGGUAUCCUCAACUCACACUCCCUGGCUUGGCGACUUGGUCGCGCAGUUUCAUUAGCACAACAAGAGGGACGCCUGUUUUCAGUGUCAGAUGAUAUAGUGUGUGAGUUUGGCGGAAAGCAGAGCGCAAAGGUUGUCUUCUAUGGCAAAAUCAUCAGCGUUGAGCAUAGUUUAUCGGCCACUGCCCAUACCACUGGGAAAGUGGUUCUUCAGCAAUUGUCACCAGACGAACUGGGAACUCAGGGCGCUGAACAGCCUGGGGGUCCAACCAGAAUAGUGGUUGAAUUUGUCAAUGAGAAUUUGAGUGUGAAGGUUAUCAAAGACGAUGGUUCUGACGAGUACCUCUCUGUCGUUCCGGACUUGAUCAUGCUUCUUGAUAUGUCCACGGGUGAGGCGGUGGGAACUCCAGAAUACAGGUAUGGUCUGAAAGUUAUGGUCAUGGUGGCUGCUCCUCACCCAAUAUGGACUACUAAACGAGGACUCGAUAUCGGAGGCCCCCCCGGAUUUGGCCUGGAUAUCGAAUACAAACCGGAACUUCUAUAUGUUAAAUGCAGGAGUGUGAUCGACGAAUACAGAUAA